UAUUGUAAAUCUUUGUACAGUAAUCAUAAGAGGGCGUAAUUUUAAAUACUGAUUUGUAGCCUCACCGUAAAUCAUGCUACCGAAAAGUGUUAGCAAAAUUAUCGGCGAUCUUGCAGCUGCCGAUGUAAAAGAUCUGUCCAUUUCCGGGCUGCAAGCAAUUCUAUCAACAGCGGCCGCCACAGACGACCUCAACGCGUUAGAAUGCAACACCUCAGACCCUUUGUGGAACGUUUCCAUCCAGUAUCUACACGCUCAGCAGUGUUUUCUCACCACCUGUUUGAUUCAGAAAGCCUCCACCCCGGAUGGGGACGAUUUAAUCAACCUACCGGAACAGACUAACUUUGUGCUCGCAGUGGAUCGCAUUCGCCAGUUCACACUGAACCUCUAUCUGCCGAAGCAGCUUCGAGGUCUUACUAGAUGUGAUCUACGGUUGGCGGUACAGUUGGAACCGGAGGAAAGAAUUCGACGAUUGCGGUUUUGUUUGGAAGCUUUCCGAAGGAUGUUCGAAACGAAGAUAAUUGCUCUACAGAGCAAGCUUGAAAAUUGCAUCCUAGACUAUGUGGCUGGUGUUUUUGGAUACAGUUUCCUGUGUGGUGGUAGUACGGAACAAUCCGAACAAUUGGGGGAAUUGUUCGAAAGUUUCGGUCAGUUUUCGUUGGAAGUUUUGUUUAAAAGUUUGCUGGUGAUAAAGGGAACACCGAAUUUGCCACUGGAAGUGGCGAAACAAGUUCAUCGUGAACUGUUGAGGUUGACUGGGGAAGCCGGAGGCUUCCCUGUUCUAUGUAAAACUUUGCUGUGUAAUGUGCCUUCCGAUGAGACUCCCACGUGGAAGAAGAGUGAAAUAAUAGGGAAAAUUGUUGGCAGUAAAGGUCAUACGAAGAAGUUCUAUCGGCAAGUUUUGCGCGAUUGCUUUAGUUUCUAUGAGGUGUCGCUUUUCAACGAAGGAGCCGGAAAGGAGAAUUUGGCCUUUGCCAGUACCUGUAUUGAAUGUCUGAAGCAGAUUUAUCUGCUGCCUCCGGCAUAUGAAGAACUUCGUUCAACUAUCAAGGAGUAUUUUUUGGGGAGAUUCAAAGAGCUGGUGGAGCCUAGUGAAACGCUCAGCGGAACAAUCCUGCUCGAGAGGUCACAACUGAUGGCGGCACUGUAUCUGAACUAUAUGGCAUUCAGUGGAUCCACGUGUGCUUCACUAAAUUCCGGUAUUUUGGUUCCGUACGUGAGAGUUUUUCUUGAGUUGUACUCAAUGAUUCCGAAGGAAGUUGAAGAGCGACAGUAUCUUCAAACGCUUAUAGUUUUUUGUCUAGCUAAUCGGGAGAGGUCCGAAUUGGAGUCGAUUGUAGAAGCAUUAAUGUUCAGUAAUGAACAACAGGAAUUAAUGAAGUAUCUACAUCCGCGGAUUAACCUAAAAACAGUGGAAGACAGCAGUGCAACUUAUACACUUCAGAUUGGUCCUGAACGGAGCUCAUCCACCGAUGAGGGAAGUUUAGGACCAGUGCUGGUAGAAAUACUGAAAGAUGCUAAUAGAAAUCUUCUCAUUUAUGAUGUAUUCGUGAUAAUGCUUAAACUUUUCGAUCGAGUUAGCAUGAAUGACACCAGCAAAACCAUUCUCAAUGCAGAAGAACAAGACGAGGCCAGAUGUAAAUUAUUUCUCCAAAAAUAUGCACUAAUACAAGCUUUAAUGGAAUUGGUCAAUCACAAACAGUUCCACAGUCAGUUGUACGAAAACCCAGCCGAAAUUCUGACCUUCAUCAGGUCUAUGCUGCUGAGAACUCUUGAAAAGGGGCAAACCAAAGAGGAUCUGUUGGAAGUCGUUUUGUCAAUUUUCCAGGAAUAUCUGCAACGACUGCAUACACGGGAUGAUGUCCGCGAAAUCUUUCGUCUUUUACUAAGGCUACGAGAUUCGGACUGGUGUAGCACUCAGCUAAAGUCACAAAUCGAUGUAAUUUGCUCAAAUUCCUCUGGAACAAAUCAUGGACGCGAUAACUUGGAGGUCUCGCCCUAUCAAAACGCACUCAGUCUCUGCUCGGAUAGUGAACCCUACUGCAAGGUGUACGGGACGACACUAAUGCUGCGGCUACUGAAGGAACGUGACAAGGAAACGCUGGCAAAUAAACAUGCCAUUCUGAUUCUUGCUUUGAACAAUCUGCGCAAUGUGGAAAGUUAUGCCUUUCUGAAUUCGGUCCGCCUAUUGGUGGCCCUUUGUGACUGCCUGGAGGCGGAGACGCUCGAAGCUCUGGUCAAAGAGUAUCAGUCCGGCGAGAAUGAAGUGGACUACCGGCUGAAGGUUGGGGAAGCGCUCGUUAAAACUGUCGAAGCGGUGGGACCGAUUGCCUUUCGCUACCGCGAAUUAUUGAUCAAUUGCUUCUUGAACGGUUGCGGGAGUUCACCGGAUGAGUUCCGGGCUUCCAGUUUGGCUAAUCUUGGAAAUGUGUGCCGGAUCCUGUCCUAUCAGGUGCAUCACUUCUUCUAUGAGAUGUUUCUAAUGAUUAAAUCGGUCAUCGAAACCGAUCGUUUUUUACCCGCUCGUAGGGCUGCUAUUCUCGUGCUUUCCCAGCUGGUGGAAGGCAUGGACAAUCUACUAACCUUCCAGGAUUAUCUACUGGCAGUGUACCGGUUCCUUAAGCUGAUCGUUGAAACCGAACGGGAUGAAGUCACGCGACUUCAGGCAUCCGUUGCGCUGGAUCAUCUGAGUGCGAAGACGAAAGACUUUCUUGAUAUCACCGCUCAGACCAGCCGGCUAGAGAAGGAAAUUCGGAUAUUCGGUAUUAAAGAGCAACAGGCUGAAGAGCGCCGGUUGAUAAAAGGAGACAGUGACAGUAUACUGAAGAAGCUUCUAGAUUAAAAUGUGUUUUAUUACAAUCGUUUGAAUGAUUGAAGGGUGAUUCAGCUACAACCAGAUGAUUUAUCGCAAAACUAGGUUCAAAUUAUU